CUUUCUUUGAUUUUUGUUGGGUGGUUGCAAAGAGGUGAAAAUUUUUCAACUCCAAUUCAGCCCCCUCUUGGAGGUCAUUGAACCAACAAUUGGUAUCAAAGCAAAGGUUCCAAUUUGAAGGUUUAACCACCUAAGAGUUGAUUAGGGAUGGAUCAAUUUCAAACUUCUCAACCACUUGAAGGUCUACAUGCUUGCAAUGAACCUAGGGCAUGGAUUGUGACUAUGAAAGGUCCAUAUGUGCCCAUGGAAGUUGUUGGAGAAAAUGAGGUGCCACAGGAAGGAGAAGUUGAAUGGAAUGAUGAAGACUUGGGGAAGAUCAUGAUCAACAACAAAGCAAUCGACAUGCUUCAACGUGCUCUCAAUCCAACGGAAUUCCAUAGAGUUUUCAGUCACAAAUCUCAAGAAGUGGUGAGGAAGGUUCUUAGAAGCUUGCCUAAGAAUUGGAAAGCCAAGAAGACCGAGAUGGAUAUUCAAGUUGAUGGCGGAGUUGAAGUAGUUGAGAAGAAGAAGAAUGUUGCAUUCAGGGCUAGCAACCAAAAAGAGGAGAGUGAAGAUGAUGCUACUAAUGAUGAGUCUAGCAAUGAGGAGGACAUCACCAAAUUAGUUUCAAAUUAAGUGAACAAACACAUGAAGAAAAGCCUCAAAGGGACAUCUUCUAGAAGAAACAAGAAAUUCACUAUUCUAGAGGAAGAAUAUGUAGUGAUGAUGAUGAUGGAGGAAAGCCAAGCAAAAAGCAUAUCAAAUGCUAUGAGUGCAACAAGAUGGGGCAUUAUAGAAAUGAAUGCCUUCAAUUGAA